UAGUAAACAAAAGUUGCGGAAAGUUGAAACUCCUGAAGUUCAGCAAGAAAGCUAAAAAAGGGAACGUUUGGGGAAAGAACGUUGCAACCUGACGCCACAUUUUCUUCAUAUAUCAUCUCAAUAAAGUAAAGUAUGGCGACAGGCGUCCAACAUGACCUGAUGAAGCAGGCACAGUGCUUUUGGUCAAUGCUGGAUGAGCUUGCAGAGACCGAUGAAGAUGCAUACAGGAAGUUCAUGGCCACAAACCUCCAAAGAGGACAGCAAGAAUUGACACCGGCCAAGCCAUGGAUGUGCGUCAAGACCCGUAUCAUGGAAACUGUUUGCUUGUGCUGUGAGCCCAGUCUGACCAACAAUGGGAAAUCUUUGGAGUAGAUUCGCUCAAAGAGAAACAAACUUGGAUGAUGAGCACCCCCAAGAUCCAGACUACCCACAAAGAAGUGGAGCCAGCUUAGAAAGCAUUGGUACAAUCAGCGGUAGCCACAACCCUAUCAUUGUUGGUUCAAGUGUUAAUUUCCAUUCCAACGUGCCGUCGGAGGGACCAGAAAUCACCGGAUUCCAGGGGCCGGGUACAGCAGAUAACCUGCGGAAGGAACUGAAAUUGGAAAGCGAAAUCCGUGAUUGGUUGAAGCAAAUUGACGAAGGCAAUGUUCUUGCGAUGAAACCCUCGCUGAGAUUUUAUUCCAGUGGAUCCAUGCAGGCUGCUGGUCUCAUUCUGGAUCACAUACAAAAGAUGCAAGUUGAUAAAGAGGAACUGCAGAGAUUGGCUCUGUUACUGUUGUGUGACUCUGGUUCAGAAAAUUUGGCUACCAAACUAGUCAGACCAACUGUGGUAAACUGCAAGAGUAACGAAGACCUGAAAUCACUGAGCUACUACUUACAGCAUGUCACUCCGCCACUUGAAGGUGCACAUUUUCACAUGAAAGUAAGAAAGCAGGAGCUUACCCUUCUCAAGGGAAUUCUUCCGAGUGACAGCAUUGAGUCAGCUGGGCUGAUAUCAGUUAACUACGACUUGUCUGAGCAGGAGGGGGAGGAGCUUAGCCUCCUUGAGGAAACACUUGGUGUGGUGGAUGAACAGCGCCGUGCUCAAUUACACAUUGUGGUUCAAUUUGAGGCGAAGUCGUGGUUUGAUGUGGGGCGUGUAUCACACAGCUUUUUCCGCAUGCAGGAACAAAAAGUCAGGCUUGCUUUGGUUAUGAACCAACGAUCACCGGAUGAGGUUGUUGAUCUAUUGAAGGCACUGGAAGGAUGCAGGUUGGGUUGGCUCACACUGUAUCACACUGACCUGCAUGCACGGGUGCGAGAUGUUAGCCGCUUCUCGUCAUCCCUUACACUCUUGCAGCUCCCUACAUGCAGGUUGGGCGAUGAUGACGUGAAGGAUCUGAUCAGCAUCUUUCCUGCUGGGCAUGGUUUAGAAUGGCUUAACCUUGAUGGCAAUGCAUUCAGUUUGGAUGCAGUGAGGGCUCUCAUCGGUCAUCUCCAAGGUUUCCCAAAGUUAUGGCGGUUGGGACUUCAUAACAUCGGCCUCGAUGCUAAGCUCAUCAGACAAGUUGUCAGUCAAGACCUCCCUCACCUGAAGGAAACAACAGGGGGAGUUUUCCAAAAGUCUAAAUAAUCUCCCACCAAGUCAUAACUCUCACCAUGUUCCCUAUGAAUGCACCACGCUCACGAGCCCCAUUAAACCGAAACAAGUAGCAUGUAUCAUGGGUCAUUUUAUGUGAAAUCAAUGCUCUGCAACCCCCCCCCCCCCUAUAAAAGGAAUAAGUAAAAAAAACAACUAAAAAUCAAUAACAACAAAAACUUUAUUUUCAGAGGACAAUAAGGGGCUCGAUAAUGAAUAAAAAGUCAACAAAACAGUUUCAAUACAAAUAGACGUAUUCAGAAUCCUCUUACAUUAUGAAUACAAAUAUACCAAGCAUAGUUCUUCAUUCUACUGAACCUCCAUCCCCCCCC